AUGAGCGAAUCGCCCAUGUGCCUGUUCAUCGCGUGCUCCACGAGAGACAACACGAGCCGAGAGUACAUCUACACGAUCCUGAAGAACCGCCUUCUGGGUAGCCACGUGUGCAUCGACACCAACAUCCUGGACGUCCCGACCAACCUCAAGUUCUGCUCCUUUGACGACCUCCUCAAGUGUGCAGACGAUUUACAAAAGUAUGACAGUUACGCAUAUGGCUGUUUAAAAAAAAUUGAAAAACUUGCAAAAGAGUAUGAUGAAAAUAUAGAGUUAAAAAUUAUAUACCAGAGGCAACACAUUAACAUUGAUCAAUAUAUAAGGCGCUUCAGUUGGGACGAUGCCAAGUACCCACGCAACAGGUCACUAACGGAUACCAUCGACGUGAUGGUUAAUAAUAUUACCAAGCUGUCUGACGAAAUACAUAUAAAGUCAAGUAUGCUAAACGAAUUAAAAGAAAAAAAAAAAAAAGAUAUCCCCAAAACAGAUACGAAUAAUUUUUUUUUAAAAAAUUUAAAUGAAAUUUUGACUCCACAAACAGUUAACCAAAAUGAUUUUAUGGAGACAGAAUAUUUGACCACGUUAAUUGCAUACAUUCCUAAAAAUUCUGUGGAAGAAUGGCUAGCUAGUUAUGAAAAAUUUUCAGAGUAUGUAGUGCCCAGAUCAACAGAACAGUUCAAGGGGUUAGUGGACAAGGAUGGUAAUACAUUGUGGAAGGUUUACGUGUUUAAAAAAUUUGCUGAAAGUUUUAAAGAAGCAGCCAAGUUGAAAAAAUUCGUUGUCAAAUCUUUUAAGUAUGAUGAGAAGAAGUACAAUGAUGUUAUGGAGUCUAGGACAAAAGUGGAAGCGGAAAUUAUACGACAAGAAACUUUCUUACGUAGGAUGUGUUUAGCAGCUUUUUCAGAUGUUUUUAGCGCCUUUAUUCAUAUUAAUAUAUUGAGAGUCUUUUGUGAAUCCGUCCUUCGCUUUGGAGUGCCCCCCAACUUUGCCUCCUUCAGUAUACGCAUCAAUGGGGAAAGUAAAGAGAAAAAAGUGCGAAAAAAGUUGUAUGAUAUAUUUUCCACCACGGACUCGAUUGGAAAAAAUUACAUUAAGAGGUCUGAUGAAAAUGAUGAGGAAAUAUAUCCCUAUGUCUCGGUGUCCUUCAAAAUAUGA